AUGUCCCCUGAUUAUCCGACUACGCAACAACACCUCUACCUUGCCCCAUAUCGUAAGUUGGGACUGUAGUCACCUACUAUAUAUGCUUUAUACACAAAGUCGCGGUUGAGAUUUUCUGUUUUGAAUCGUAUAAACUUUUUGACAAAUUUUUAUAUGAAAACAUAAAAUACACUGAUAAACACAUAAGACAAUAAUGUAAACGACAACCAAAUGACAAUUUCAAAAAUUAUUGGUACUUUCUUCAUAUUGUAAGCAAAUUAUUGAAGUAAAAUGAUUGCAGACAAUAAGAAAAUAGGUAAAACUUCAGUGCAUCGUGGACAACCGACGAUAACAGCAUCGAUUUGAAUAUUCGUUGUGUUUCACACAGAUAGUCAGAUCACAAUAUCAAUAUCGAGAAAAAAAGACCGUAAAUUAAGCAUACCUUGGCUAACAGAAAAUGUAUUUCUUUGGUUUCGAUGCUUACACUGCGCGCUCUCCAAUUCAACAUCAAAUUUUUCACAUAAUGCUUAUUCCGAUAACCAACAGUCAACGACGCCAUGAAGGACGCGCCUAUUCUUGUCCUGACCGGAAGACUUGAAAGCACACCGAUGGAGUUCAAAGUCGUGUAUUCGGAUUCCCUCUCUCAGGUUAUAACACUGGUUCCAGCGGAUGUUUCAGAUCCUAUCCCCACAACGAUUCGUGUUGCCUUCAGCGGAGUGCACCAUCUAAAGCCAUGGAAAUUCCUACUCUGUCUCUUGCCAGCUAUAAUGAAAACGUUGAUGCAUUGA